AGCUGAGAGGCAGACGGCACGCUGGGAAAACACUUUCAGAGAGGCCAAAGGGCUCUUCUUCUGCAGCAGCACUCCUCCGCCGCCUCAACACAGCCGCCAUGACAGAGAGACGUAUUCCCUUCACCCUGCUCCGGACCCCCAGCUGGGACCCCUUCCGUGACUGGCACCAGAGCAGCCGCAUCUUCGACCAGACCUUCGGCAUGCCGGCCCUGCCCGAGGACUUCGCCACAUUCCCCAGCACCCACUGGCCGGGGUACCUGCGGCCCUCCGUCCUGACCCCAGAGAUGGGCGCCAUGAGCCCCAUGAGCCCCAUGGGCACCAUGGUGCCGCACGCUCCCAUGAUGUACCCGCCCAUGAUGGCCCAGCAGGCGCGUGCCCUGACCCGCCAGAUGAGCAGCGGCGUGUCGGAGAUCAAGCAGACCCAAGACAGCUGGAAGGUGUCUCUGGACGUCAACCACUUCUCGCCCGAGGAGCUGGUGGUGAAGACCAAGGACGGCGUGGUGGAAAUCACAGGCAAACAUGAGGAGAGGAAGGACGAGCACGGCUUCGUGUCCCGAAGCUUCACCAGGAAAUACACCCUCCCGUCCUCGGCCAACGUGGAGAAGGUGUCCUCCUCUCUGUCCCCUGAGGGCGUCCUGACCGUGGAGGCUCCUCUGAUCAGACCGGCCAUCGAGAGCUCGGAGACCACGAUACCUGUCAACGUGGACAACAAGGGCAGCGUGGUGAAGAAGUAAAGAGAAGCAGCGUCUCUCUCUCACACACACACACACACACACACACACACACACACACACACACACACACACACACACACA